CUUUUUCCCCGAUGAUGCGUGGGAGCAAAACGCACGUGCUCAAUGGUAAUUUGUGACGUCGUCAGUCCACAUGUUGCCAUCAACGAAGAAUGGUCGCCUUUCGCUAUUGUCCGAACAACUUUUUUUAUUUUUUUAUUUUCACAUCGACUGGAAAUGUCGGCUAUUCUUAUUGUGAAGAUGAAGAGUCCACUACAGCAUCGACUUCGUUUUGGUUAGAACAACCAGUGAUAGCGGGAUUUCGAGUUUGGCACAUACUUUUCCUUAUAUUAGCCGGAAUUAUAGCAGUCAUUGUAUUCUUAUGUUGUUUUAUGAAAUGCCGAAUACCUCGAACAAAACAAGAAAUAGAAGCAGAUUACAUCAGAAAAAAAUUAACGCGAAGGUUCAGAUGUUUUCUGGAUCAAUUAACUAUGGACGAUAUGAAUUUGAGAUUGGCUUUGGAAAAAGUGAAAGAUCUGUACGACAGCAACGAAAUAAAUCAGUCAGAAGAUAGUAAACUCAGUCAAUUGGAAGAAAAUAAAACCGAACAUUUAGAAAAGAACAAAACAGAACAUUUAGAAGAUACAAAACUCAAUCAAAUAGAAGAAAACCAUCUCCAAAUCGAAUAAAUUCAAUUACCGAACAUAUCAAUUUUCAUUUUUAAAUUGAAGAGAAAUAUUUUCUGUAAAAAAAACAAAUCAAAAUUAUAAAAACAGGAGUUGUGCGAGGAUUCAAAUUUUGAAGAAAAAUAAAA